AUGUCCUUAGAGGAGAUAGCCAUCACAGAACCAGUGUCCUCCCCAGCAGAAACAACCACCACAGAACCAAUGACGUCCAUAGCAGACAUGCUCACCACAGCGGAGACAACGUCCCUAGAAGAGACAAACGUCACACAACUGAUGUCCUCCCCAGCAGAGAAGACCUCCCCAACCACCCCAGCAUCAUUCUCUGCUGCAGAGGAGAUAACCACUGCAGACACGUCCUCCAAACUGGAGACAGAGAUAGGAAUACUACUGUCUGCCACAGUGGAGACAACGUCCCUAGAGGGGAUAACCACUGCAGAACCAAUGAGCUCCCUGGCAACGACAUCCUCCUCAGCAACAAUGGCCACCACAGCACUACUGACCUCCCCACUGGACACAACCAUAGGAAUGCAAGCAACCUCCAUAGAGGAAAUGUCCUCCACAGCAGAGGCUGCCACCACAGUCCCAAUGGAUACCACAGCACAGGACAGCACAACAGGACGCGGUGCCUUGUGCCGUGUCACAGGGCCCAUCCUGCGCCUGUUGGGCGGGAGGCACGGCUGCGAGGGCCGCGUGGAGCUGUUCGACGGCAGCAGCUGGGGCACGGUGUGCGACGACCUGUGGGACCUGCGCGCUGCCCGGGUGGUGUGCGCUCAGCUGGGCUGCGGGGAACCCGUGGCUGCCCCGGGCAGCGCGCGCUUCGGGCCCGGCUCCGGCCGCAUCUUCCUGGACGACGUGCAGUGCCGCGGGGACGAGCCCUCGCUCCAGAUGUGCCGGCACAACGGCUGGGGCAUGCACAACUGCCGGCACGCGGAGGACGCCGGCGUCGUCUGUGCAGGUUUGUGGGCAGCAAAGGCACUGGGGUUACCGCUGAUCACAGUGGGACGCGGUGCCUUGUGCCGUGUCACAGGGCCCAUCCUGCGCCUGUUGGGCGGGAGGCACGGCUGCGAGGGCCGCGUGGAGCUGUUCGACGGCAGCAGCUGGGGCACGGUGUGCGACGACCUGUGGGACCUGCGCGCUGCCCGGGUGGUGUGCGCUCAGCUGGGCUGCGGGGAACCCGUGGCUGCCCCGGGCAGCGCGCGCUUCGGGCCCGGCUCCGGCCGCAUCUUCCUGGACGACGUGCAGUGCCGCGGGGACGAGCCCUCGCUCCAGAUGUGCCGGCACAACGGCUGGGGCAUGCACAACUGCCGGCACGCGGAGGACGCCGGCGUCGUCUGUGCAGCAGCACCUACAGCCUCUCCUAGCCAGCUGACAAACACAACAGGGCCCAUCCUGCGCCUGUUGGGCGGGAGGCACGGCUGCGAGGGCCGCGUGGAGCUGUUCGACGGCAGCAGCUGGGGCACGGUGUGCGACGACCUGUGGGACCUGCGCGCUGCCCGGGUGGUGUGCGCUCAGCUGGGCUGCGGGGAACCCGUGGCCGCCCCGGGAAGCGCGCGCUUCGGGCCCGGCUCCGGCCGCAUCUUCCUGGACGACGUGCAGUGCCGCGGGGAUGAGCCCUCGCUCCAGAUGUGCCGGCACAACGGCUGGGGCAUGCACAACUGCCGGCACGUGGAGGACGCCGGCGUUGUCUGUGCAGCUGCUGUGGCCACCCCGACACCUCCAUCAGCACCUUAUUUUUGUGGUGGCUCAAUCUCAAAUUCCUCUGGGAUGCUGCAGACUCCCUUCUACCCUGGAAGUUAUCCAAACAAUGCUGACUGCGUGUGGGAAAUACAAGUAGAGAACAAUUUCCGUGUUGUGCUCACAUUUAGAGAUAUUGAGAUGCAAAGUGGCAGAUGCCAGUAUGACUACAUUGAAAUCUACGACGGGCCUCUACAUUCCUCCCCUCUUCUUGGAAGACUUUGCUCUGGUUCCUUUCCCACAUACACAUCCUCUUCAAACAUGAUGACCGUUCACUUUCACAGCGAUUCUAGUGGCACCUUCAGAGGGUUUAAGGCUCACUACUCGUCCAUUCCAUCAGUUCACAACUCUACCCUUCAGUGUUUACCAGACUACAUGCAUGCAGUGGUUAGCACAGACUACCUCCAAUCUCAGGGCUACUCAGCGGAGAUGGUCUCUCUGAAUGAUGAUCGUUGUAGACCAACAAUCACAUCACGUGAGGUUAUAUUCAACAUUCCCUACAACGACUGUGGGACGACACGAGAGGAGAACAACGAUACUAUCAACUAUUCCAACACCAUCAAAGUUACUUCUUCUGGGUACAUAAUCAGGAGGAAAAAGAAUAUUAACUUACACAUCAGUUGCAAAAUGCUACAGAAAACAUGGAUGCAAAUAAUGUAUGUUGCUGAGGACACUGUUGAUAUGAAUGAAAAUCAGUUUGGAAGAUACACCAUGAACAUCACUUUCUAUGACUCCUCAUCAUUCUUGCGGCAAGUGCACGACUCUCCGUACUACAUUGACUUGAACCAAGAUUUGUACCUUCAAGCUUAUCUUCACAGCUCUGAUCCAGAUCUGAUCCUGUUUGUGGACACAUGUGUGGCAUCACCUGAUCCUUAUGAUUUUAACAGACUGGCCUAUGAUAUAAUCAGGAAUGGGUGUCCUAGAGAUUCUUCCUAUGCCACAUACUACUCCCCCUACAGCCACUUUGCUCGGUUCAAGUUUAACGCCUUUGAAUUCAUCAGCCGGCAUUCAUUAGUGUACCUGCGGUGCGAGCUGGUGGUGUGCAGGCUGCGUGACUAUUCCUCCCGCUGCUACCGGGGCUGUGUUAGAAGGGCCAAGAGAGAAGCAAGUUCUGCUGAGGAAAGAGUGAACGUGGUUGUCGGGCCGCUUCAGCUUCAAGGAGGGGGUGCUAAGAGUAGGAAUAUUGGGCUGGACUCCUCUCUGCCUCCUCCCCAAGCGGUUGCUGCUGAUAACCCCCUCGCACCUGUCGUUGCUGCUGUCGCUGUCCUCGCAGUUGUCGUUUUUGUUCUUGCUGGGUUUCUUGCAAGACCUGCACUGAAGAAACUGCUUUCACAUGGGACAAUGUAAGCUCAGAGGUCAGCAUCAUCCACUCAGUGACUACAAGGCAAAUGUCACAUAUCAUUAGCUGCUAAAAUGCUUCACUGACCACAGUCACAUUUGUACCGUUUGUAAGAAGCUGUGAUAUCUUUAUCAACAAUAAAUCCUAUCCUGUUAUAGUGUUUUAGAAUAACUUUGUAAUCCGAACACUUCUUAAACGAUUAAGAAAUCAUUACAACAUUCAUGUCACGAGUUGUUUGGUACAAUCAUCUUACCAUUUUUGUCCUCUUUAGUUCCCUUCUUACAUUCUUCUGAGACUAUGUACCUAAUGCCUAGAAAUUUUAUGAGCUGGAGAGACAAUAUGAAUGAGAUAUAAAUAACUAUUUCAAGGUUUAGUAUAGAGUAAAAGAAAUAGGUCAUGUCUGGAAAGGAAAUGUAAAAAUUGUUCUUAUCAUGGCAUCUAGAAUUGUGGCUAUACAAUACUCUAAUUAUUUUGAGCAUUGCUCUUGAUGUUAAAUUUCUCAAUGAAAAAGUAAGAGGUCUGUGCUUAUUUGUAAAACACGGAGAUUUCCAAGCUGAAGUAAUCUGUUACAUGAACAGCUUAAUUUGAAAUCAAAGGAAGGAAUGUUUACAAAGCAAUAAUUGUAUUUUGUCUUUCAAAUGAAUGUGGCUGUGAUUAAAAUACAGAUGGAUGUUUCACUCUU